UGGCUUCUCGGAUACUCAUUUAGUUUAUUUGUGAGUGGUAAAAGAGCCUAAAUGUAAGUAAAUUAUAUAAAAAUUAAGAUUUCUCAGUCAUAGAGCUUAUCAUAUACAUAACCAUCUAGCCUACAUCUUUUUACAUGUAUUUUUAUGCCCAAGAUGAGGAAAGAUAUUAAUAAAAAUGGCCUGAGGUGUAAAAUAAUAUUAAAAACAAGCCUUACUUUAGGGCAUAAUGGUAUCGUUAAAGUUUAUCUUGCUUGAGAAAACACUUAUUUAUCAAUUAUUGAACCAUAAGCAAUAGCCAAGAAUUGCAGCACGAAUUUGUUAAUUUUCUAUUGGACAAAAGUUUUUCAAGGGGACUUAUGCCUGAGUUUAAGAGAAGUUUAAAAUUUUUAUCUUCAUUGAUUGAUCUGUCAAAAUAUUUCAGAUUGCUAUUAAUUUUGCUACAAGUAAGAAAUAAAGAUGCUGCCCAAGUCUCAAUUAUUAGGCUUCCCAGUGUUGGCUUGAACUUCAAAAGAAUUUGCGACUAUAAAACUAGCAUAGACCCAACUAAUAGUUUUUACUGUAAUUAAAAUUUAUUGACUGGCAAAUCAUAAAGGUGAAUAUCUGAAAAAGAAGGAUGAUUUAAGUGAUAGUUAUUUCAAGAAUUGUAGAAAUCAUAUAAAGACUUCCACUUUGGUUAAAAUCAGCAUUUGCACUCUUAAAUAUUCUGGAUAUCUCCUAAUGACAAAUAUUUUCAAGCUAACAUUGCACAUCUUGGUUGUUCCAAAUAUUGCACAAAACUAUGACUAAACCAUUUAAAAAUCGGGGUUGCCUCAGAUUAUAACUCUCAUCUCUUUCACAGGCCUAUAGGUAUAAUUUUCCAGCUAAAGACAUAUUUUUUUGCUAUAAUUUUUCGUCAUGAAUCACUCGGCUAUUUAUAAUAGCAUCACCCAUCAUAAAGUUAGGUCUUUUUAAGAAGACUCUUAAAGCUUUUAAAUGGGCAGCUAAUUCAGAGAUGAUAUUCUCUUUCCCUAUUAUCAUAGUUGCUUAAUUUUGGAGUAAUGAGUCGUCUAAGGAGCGACCAUGCUCACCAAUUAAUCUGUGAUUUCUAAAGUAUAAAUUUGCUGAAAAAUAGUUAUUAAUAGGAGAUUUCCCACGAGACUAGCAAUAUGAGCUAACAAUUUGAACUGUGUUGUGCUAAAAUGGCAAAGGAUUAGGUCAAUAUUCUGAGCUUGCAGCAUGAAUCAGAGUUAAAUAGACACUAAACUUAAUUACUAUUAAAUUUAUUUUCAAAAUAUGUGGGCGUUGGUUCAUUGGUGGAUGAGAAUAUUGGAGCUCUAAAUUUAAGAGUUCUCAUAAAAUAAGCAUUGGCACAUUUUUCUUAAUCAUUUCUCUUCAUUGAAUGUUCUAUGACAUAGAUAAAUAAAUUUCCAGAGGAUUUAACUAGGCUUGAAGACUUCAAAAGAAAUUUGAUUAUUUUUAAUAUUCAUUUUUUUCGAAGCGGCUUAAAAUUGAGUGCACAAGGAUGAAAAAUAAUCUGAUACUCCCUUUUCGGCAGGAAGAUAUUCUCACAGAGAUGAAAUUCUCUUAAUAAAGGAUAUUGACUAGUUCACCAAAGAAGAAAUAUUAAAAUAAGCCUGAAAAUUCAUACAAUCGUCAGAAAGAUGGAAUCACAAUAGGCCUCUCAAUUCAUCUCAAUUCGAGCAUUUUUUCUCAUAGAAAGUAGUAGCCUGAAGUUGACU